UCCCCCAAGGGUCCGGCCCCCGGGCCCCGCGUCUGCUUCGCCCCCGCGGCGGCGGCGGCGGCGGAGGAGGGCCCGGGGCGGGGCCGCGGGAAGGUCACGGUGCGCUACGACCGCAGGGAGCUCCGCAAGCGGCUGCACCUCGAGGAGUGGAUCCUGGCGCAGCUGACCGCGCUCUACGACUGCCGGGAGGAGGAGAUCCCCGAGCUGGAGAUCGACGUGGACGAGCUGCUGGACAUGGAGAGCGACGGCGCCCGCAGCGCCCGCGUGCAGGAGAUCCUCGUUGACUGUUACAAACCCACCGAGGCGUUCGUGGGGGAUCUCCUGGAGAAAAUCCGGGGGAUGCAGAAACUCAACACCCCCCAGAAGAAAUGACCCCAAAACUGGGGGAAACCCCCCAAAGUCCAGGGGGACCCCCCAGCCGCACCCCCGCCCCAAUUUCGGGGGGACUCCCCCAUUUUUGGGGUCCCCCCCUGCAGAGAUAAUCACUCCCCCCCUCCCCCACUGGUUUUGGGGGGUCCUGGGAGGGAUUUUGGGGGGAAUUUGGGGGUUUGGGGUUUUUUUUUUUUAGUUUUUUUUAAAUUCCGGGGGGUUGGGGUUGUUUUUAUAUGGGUUUAAUAAAAGCAGCUUUGACAUUUUCGG